AUGUCCUUCUCACCAGAACCAAGACCCCAAGAUGCAUCCAAUACCGAUUUCCCAGCCGCUCAACUACUCUUCUUAUCCCUUGUACGAGUGGCCGAACCUAUCGCCUUGACUUCCAUACUCCCAUAUGCGUGGAAACUCGUCUCGACCUUCGAGGUCUGCUCGGAAAGCAAUGCACCCUUCUUCGCAGGCUUGCUCAUCUCUGCAUUUUCUCUCGCAGAGGCUUGUAGCGGAAUGUACUGGGGCGGAGUGUCUGAUCGUGUAGGCCGCAAGCCGAUUGUCAUUCUCGGUUGUCUAGGCACAUUAUCAUCGCUGCUGCUCGUAGGCUUUGCAUCGAAUUUCUGGAUGGCCUUAGCUGGGCGUAUCAUCGGCGGUGCGCUCAAUGGAAACAUCGGCGUCAUUCAGACUAUGGUCGGCGAGAUUGUCAAAGACCCUAAACACGAGCCAAGGGCAUACUCAGUAAUGCCCUUUGUGUGGAGUAUUGGCACCAUCAUAGGACCGUCUAUCGGCGGGUACUUUGCUGAACCGGCCGAAAAUUUCCCGACCUUGUUUAGUCACACAGGGCUGUUUGGCAAGUUUCCGUACCUAUUACCAAACAUCCUCUGUUCGACUCUGCUUCUAGUCUCGAUUUUGAUGGCAUACUUCCUGCUCGAGGAAACACAUCCAGACAAGCGGCCUCGCGGCUAUUUCGAUACGUACGAUGCUGCUGUCGCCCAGACACCACUUCUUCCCACCCAGGGCGCUACCGCCGAUGCAGCAACAAACAUUGCUACGGAAUCAUACGGCACGUUCAAUACGGUCGAGGUACAUCAUGACGAGGAAUGGCGCGUGAAGUCUAAUGGAGACUGGGUCGAAUCGCCUACAAAGAGUAAACCCUUCAACAUGAACGUUGUCAUUUUCGUGGUUGCACUGGGCACUUUCACUUAUCACUCUAUGACCUACGAUCAUCUCCUGCCGAUAUUUCUUCAAGACAAACGGGCCGACAGUGAUAUGAACGCUUACGAACUCUCAUCUGCCGGUCUAAGUGGCGGCUUGGGAAUACCAAUCCAGAAUGUCGGUGUCAUCUUGUCGAUCAAUGGAGUUAUUCAGCUUGCAAUUCAAGGCAUCGUCUUCCCUGUCCUGGCCGACCUUCUUGGAGUAUGGAGGCUUUUGUUGCUGGUCACUGUGGCCCAUCCGAUUGCAUACUUCAUCGUACCCUUCCUGCAGCUGCUCCCUACCGACGCACUGUAUCCUAGCCUGUUUUUAUGCCUUACCAUUCGGAAUCUUACCUCCAUCAUUGCAUUUCCGUUACUCCUCAUCAUGAUAAAGGAGGCAGCGCCCGAUAAGUCUCACCUCGGCAAAAUCAACGGCCUUGCCGCAUCCACAGGCGCUGCGUGUCGCACAGUAGCAAGUCCCAUUGCAGGCUUACUCUACGGUCUUUCUAUAGACAUACAUUUUACUCCCUUGGCGUGGUGGGCAUCCGCUCUAGUUGCGAUAUUUGGGGCUCUCCAAAUCCCGUUUAUGAGCCGCGCAGCAAGACAAUGCCAUGCUCGAGUACGGAAUGCGACCGGGUGUCGCCUGUCUCGAGACGAUCCCCAAGAUGAGGUUGUACAUAUCAUCAUCGAAGAUGAAGAGUGA